CAAUAUUUACACCAUUUAACGUUAGCUGUCAUGUGAGAGCCGCUCUGUCGCAGCUGAGCAACCAUACCUCCAAAUCACCAGAUUCUUGCCACCAAAAAUUGUUAUAAAGAUAUCACCGUAUCCAAGUCCAGCAUGUAUUACAUCGCCGGCCUCACUAGUAUUCUUCCAUCAUCCACCCAAACCGUGGAAGGACUCGUCGUAUUUACCACCUUCCGACAAUUCCAAUAUUCCUUAUCUCGCACGCGUACAAUCGCCACAGUCGCUAACGCGGAAGCAGGUCCCGUCUGUGUCACCCCAACUUCUUUCAUUGGCAAGAUUAUAACCCCAAUACACGCUCUCUCCAUCUUCAUCCCACCCGUGACAUACAUCCUAUGCGUUACCUUCAACCGCUUCGCGCAGCCUGCAUGGAUGCAGCGCAUGAGCCUUCCUGAUACCUAUUUCAAACACGAAAAUAAAGUAGGGCUGAGAGUCGCAGCAUGUGCAGCGACCUUUAUGGUCAUCAGGUUCGGCGCACGCGUACUCACGCACCUUGGCAGUCAGUGGCACCUGAUUGGGAGACGCGAGAAGUCCAGAAUCGUACAAACGGGUCCAUACGCAGUAGUGCGUCAUCCGCUGUACACGAGCGCGCUCAUCCAGGGAUUAUUUUUUACGCUGAUGACCUGGUCUUAUGCGCCGCUUGUAGGAUUGGGUAUCACUACUGGUGCGUCUGCUGUCAAGGUGCUUGUCGAGGAGGAUCUUAUUAUGCAAGACCCUGCUGUUGCUGAGGAAUACCGUGCGUAUAUGCAGAGAGUGCCUGCGCGACUUGUUCCGUUUCUUUGGUGAGAAUUAAAAAAGAUUAUUUGGGAUGUCUGCGAUUUUGUACGAGUUAUACACGUAACCCAUGAAAAUGAACCCUGUAUCUUUCGGAUUCUUAUUUUGAUUGCUCCCUUGCAUCAAUUUGCAGGUAUCAAAUCUAUUGAUGAGGGGC